AUGCGUGAGGUCAUCAGCAUCAACGUCGGCCAGGCUGGCUGCCAGAUCGCCAACUCGUGCUGGGAGCUCUACUGCCUCGAGCACGGCAUCCAGCCCGAUGGCUAUCUCACGGAUGAGCGCAAGGCUCAGGACCCCGACCAGGGCUUCAGCACUUUCUUCUCCGAGACUGGCCAGGGCAAAUAUGUCCCGCGAGCCAUCUACUGCGAUCUCGAGCCCAACGUCGUCGACGAGGUCCGCACCGGUCCUUACCGAAACCUCUUCCACCCCGAGAUGAUGAUCACCGGCAAGGAGGAUGCCUCCAACAACUAUGCCCGUGGUCACUAUACCGUUGGCAAGGAGCUCAUCGAUGGCGUCCUUGACAAGAUUCGACGCGUCGCCGACAACUGCGUUGGCCUCCAGGGCUUUCUCGUCUUCCACUCCUUCGGUGGUGGCACUGGCUCUGGCUUUGGUGCUCUUCUCAUGGAGCGCCUGUCGGUCGAUUACGGCAAGAAGAGCAAGCUCGAGUUCUGCGUCUAUCCCGCCCCCCAGACCGCCACCUCUGUUGUCGAGCCCUACAACUCCAUCCUCACCACCCACACCACCCUCGAGCACUCAGACUGCUCCUUCAUGGUGGACAACGAGGCCAUCUAUGACAUUUGCCGCCGCAACCUGGGCCUGGAGCGCCCCAACUACGAGAACCUGAACCGUCUGAUUGCUCAGGUCGUCUCCUCCAUCACCGCCUCGCUUCGGUUCGACGGCUCCCUCAACGUCGAUCUGAACGAAUUCCAGACCAACCUGGUGCCCUAUCCCCGAAUCCACUUCCCUCUGGUUGCCUAUGCCCCCGUCAUCUCGGCUGCCAAGGCUGCUCAUGAGUCCAACUCCGUCCAGGAGAUGACCAUGUCCUGCUUCGAGCCCAACAACCAGAUGGUCAAGUGCGAUCCCCGCCACGGAAAGUACAUGGCCACCUGCCUGCUGUAUCGUGGUGACGUUGUUCCCAACGAGGCGCACAAUGCUGUCGCUACUCUCAAGACCAAGCGCACCAUCCAGUUUGUCGACUGGUGCCCGACUGGCUUCAAGCUCGGCAUCUGCUACCAGGCUCCCGAGAAUGUGCCCAACGGCGACUUGGCCAAGGUCAACCGCGCUGUCUGCAUGCUGUCCAACACCACCGCCAUCGCCGAGGCUUGGAGCUCCCUGUCGAUGAAGUUCGACCUGAUGCACUCCAAGCGCGCCUUCGUGCACUGGUACGUCGGCGAGGGUAUGGAGGAGGGCGAGUUCUCGGAGGCUCGCGAGGAUCUGGCUGCCCUGGAGCGUGACUACGAGGAGGUUGCGGCCGACUCCAUGGGCGAGGAGGAGCUGGAGGCCGAGUACUAG